CUUCUCCUCACCUCACACACAAUGCCCAUCCCCGCCGUCUCCCUCGCAGGCAAGCAGGUCGGCAAGGUCGGCCUCGGCCUCAUGCAGCUGACAUGGACGCCGUCGCCGCCGCCCGACGACGUCUCCUUCGCGGCGAUGAAGGCCGCCGCAGACGCGGGCGCGACGACAUGGUCCAGCGCCACGUUUUACGGCAACGGCGCGCCUGGCGAGACCGGCGCCGCGUUCGACAACCUCCGCCUCUUGGGGCGCUUCUUCAGAGCAUACCCCGAAUACGUGGGGCGCGUGCAGCUCGUCGUGAAGGGCGGGAUUGGGCCCGGCAUGGACAUCACGUCUGACCUCGCCUUCAACCGCCACCUGCUGGCGCACGCGCGCGAAUGCCUCGGCGUCCCGAUCGACGUGUACCUCCCCGCGCGCAUCCGGCCGGGCGCGGACCCCGUCGCCUUCUUCCGCGACUUUGACACGCUGCGGCGCGAAGGCCUCUUCGGCGCGCUCGGCGCGUCCGAGAUCUCGGCGGGCACGCUGGACAAGCUCGCGGCGGCGGGGAUCGAGAUCAGCGUGAUCGAGAUCGAAGUCAGCUUGUGGAGCUACGACGACGACGUGCGCGCAGUCCUCCAGUGGUCCGCGGAGCACGCUGUGCCCGUGUACGCGUACUCGCCGCUCGGACGCGGCUUCCUUACGCGCGCGUGGAAGACGCCCGAGGACGUGCCCGAGGGCAGCUUCCAGAAGCACAGCCCGCGCUUCCAGGGAGAGAACUUCUACAAGAACCUCAAGCUGGUCGAUGUGCUCGAUGAGAUGGCCGCGCGGCGGGGACUGACUACCGCCCAGCUCGCUAUCGCUUGGGUCAGCGCCCUGGGGCCGUAUGUCGUGCCCAUCCCCGGAAGCAAGAAUGCCGAGCGCGCCAGGCAGAAUACCGAGGCCGCGAAUAUCGUCCUCAGCAAAGAGGAGAUGGAGCAGAUCGACGAGAUCAUCCGCCAGUUCCCGCCCAGCGGGGGGCGAUACCCCGAGGACCACAGCGGGGCUCUGAUGCAGUAGGCCAGGGCUGUUGAUGAGCUGUAGAAACAAAUGUCAUUAGUUGACCAGCGAGGCGAUGCUAGUCACGCCCAAGCCAGCCGGCCAAUGCAUAUGCUCUCCUCUAGUCUAACUGUUAGAUCUCGCCGUAGCCGCCGUCCUUGAAGACCUUGGACUCGCGCUCGACAAUGUCCUCGAGCGCCUUGAGCCACGCCUGGAGCUUGGCCAUGACCACGUCCUGGGGCUCGCCAAACUUGGGGUAGAAGUUGGCGC